CAUCUCGGCCGCACGGUCGCGCGCAGCUGUCCCGGCGGACAGUCAUCGUUUCUGCCAGCCACUCGGAAGAAAAGCGGGUGAUCGCCAUAUGUGGCUACGGACCUGGUAUCUCCAACUCGGUCGCGCACCUUUGGGCCUCGCAUGGCUUUCAAGUAGCGCUUCUCAGCAGGACGCAGGCGCGUCUCGACCACGGCGCAAAAGAGAUCAGCGCCAAGGGCGGACAUGCCAAGGGCUAUGCGGUUGACCUGGCCAAGCCCGAGGACGUCAAGGCGGUGCUACAGAAGGGGCGACGUGCUGAGUCUGGACAUUGACACCAUCGAGCACAACCUGCAGCACCAGGUCACAGGCCUGCUGGCGGCGGUGCAGCAGGUGGUGCCAGACAUGGCCUCGCGCCCCGGCUCUGCCAUCCUUGUGACGGGCGGCGGCCUGUCACUGGCGGCUGAGAACCGCGCACUGGCCAAGGCCGCCAACGCCAUGGGCGGCGUGGCGGUGGCGGCGGGCAAGGCGGCACAGCGGGCGCUGGUGCACAGCCUGGCGGAGGGCCUGGCGCCCAAGGGCAUCCGGGUGGCGGAGGUGGUGGUGAUGGGCGGCGUGAAGGGCAGCGCCAGCGUGGGCGACCGCGGCACCGUACUACCGGAGGAUGUGGCUGCUGACUUCUGGCAGCUCUACACCGCGGCGCCUGAUGCUGCCUCCGUCAGUGUGUCGCGCGGAUAGGAGCUGCAGCGACAGGAGCAGAGAAUCUGAUGCGCUUUCAAACAGGUUGUGCAUUGUGUCGGCGAAAAUGUUUAAGGAACAGGUUAUCCAUGUGCAACAGCUGAGGGCGCCCAACCGCUUGGGCUAGUAAUGAUGGUAUGUACCGUACUUAUGGCAGCAUGUGUCGCUGCCGAGCAUUGGGAAAACACAAAGGAACCUGCUGCGCAGGAUGCCCGCGCUGUGGCGUGAAUGUGUGCCUGCACGACUUGUGUAUGCGCCGUUGUGGUUUAGAUGCAGCAUAGCUAGAUGGCCAUUGGAUGCACGUGUACCUGCAUGGUCUGUUCACUGCAGGUUUGUCUGCAUAGCUGCGAUGGGCACCGUGUUAGCCUUGUUGUCGGACAACACCGGGACUGCAUAAAUACGCACUCAGCGCAUGCGGUUCUCGACAGCAACGUGCAGGCGUGUUGCGGGCAAGUGUGUGGACGCAGGCUGUGCUGCACAGCAGCGUGUCGUGUGCGUGGCUCCUGUGAUAGCUUGGGAUUGCGUGUGCCCUGUAGGGCGUCAGACUGUGGAGAGUUGGAUUGUGGCUUCAACGGUCUCCACUGUAGGCCAAGUGCGGCUGUUUUGAAGAUGGCAUCAGUCCGCGCAUCAGUCUGCGCUGCGGCGCCGUUGCAUAAUUGCCAUCCUGAUAGGCUGAUAUGUGUAAGAUGUAUUACUG